GGGCUCUGGAGGCCACGGGCAUGAUGCUGCAGGUCCUGGUGGGGGCUGUCUUCCCUGCCAUGCUGUUGGCUGCCCCCCCGCCCAUCAACAAGCUGGCACUGUUCCCGGACAAGAGCGCCUGGUGCGAAGCCAAGAACAUCACCCAGAUUGUGGGCCACAGCGGCUGUGAGGCCAAGUCCAUCCAGAACAGGGCGUGCCUAGGACAGUGCUUCAGCUACAGCGUCCCCAACACCUUCCCACAGUCCACAGAGUCCCUGGUGCACUGCGACUCCUGCAUGCCGGCCCAGUCCAUGUGGGAGAUUGUGACCUUGGAGUGCCCCGGCCACGAUGAGGUGCCCAGGGUGGACAAGCUGGUGGAGAAGAUCUUGCACUGCAGCUGCCAGGCCUGCGGCAAGGAGCCCAGUCACGAGGGCCUGAGCGUCUACGUGCAGGGCGAGGACGGGCCGGGCUCCCAGCCUGGCCAUCACCCCCACCCCCAUCUCCACCCCCACCCUGGUGGGCAGACCCCUGAGCCUGAGGAUCCCCCUGGACCCCCCAAUGCCGAGGAAGAGGGGGUGGAGGACUGAGGCCCCCCAACGCUUCCUCCCCUCUCACUCCCCUGUGGAAUGUUGGGUCUCACCCUCUGGGGCAGAGUGGGGGGAGAGGCUGGAGCCCCCCCUUUGGCACUGGAUGGACUUGGAUUCAGACUUGGACUUGAAAUGCUGCCCAGUUGCCAUGGAGAUCUGAAAGGGAGGGGUUGGAGCCAAGCUGCACAAUUUAAUAUAUUCAAGACUGGGGGGCAGAAGCAGAGGUCUGCAGGGCUCUUUUUUUGAGGGGGGGGGUCCUCUUCAUUUCUGCCUUCCAGAAAUGUGCCCUCGGGUGGGGGAGGAAGUUGGCUAAGCUGCUGAGGUGGGGGGGAGGCCAUCCAAGCUGGCAGGAACCCGGCUAAGGCCCACACAGGCCCUGGCGGGGGGCAGAACACUGGGGGUGCAGAUGGUGCAGUUGGGGCCCUGAGGGAGGGGGGACACCUUUCCGGCAUCAUCCUUGAAGGAGGGGCUGGGCUAGAAAGGUCAUUGGCAGAAGCAGGAAGCUCUAGCCCCACUGGUUUCCCCAAAAGUCUCCCACCCCAUCCCUGUGCUGGGGAAGCAUCUUCCCGGUGGCACUGAAGGGGCUCUCCCUCAAUGCAGUGGUUGGGAGUCAGGCCUGGGCAGGACCCUGCUGACUCAUGGCACUCGAGCUGCAGCCAGGCUCUCUGGGCCUUUCUCAGGCUUCCUUGGCUUGACUGGAGGGUGGGAAGAAGGAGUCUUCCCGAGCCAGGAGGAGUGGGGUGAUCCCCCAGACCAUCACUGAAGAAGAGCAUCCCUCCCUCAUCUCCUUCUUAGAAAUCUUAGCACCUCCCACUACCCCCCAAGUUCUAGGUCUUUCAGCUGAUGGGGCCAGCCCUGCUCUCUUGGGGAAGCUCUUUCUAAAUAUCUGACAGGUGGGGUCCAGGAGGGUGACUCCCUCACCUGGAGUUUCCAAGGAGGGACCUGGGUGGGACGGACUCUGGCUGAGCCUUCAGGACGAGGAGGAACGAGGCUUGUGUGGGAGGCCAGUGUUCACUCGGGCUCUCUCCAGCUCUGCAAUUCGCACACCUCUUCCCUCCCAGCUGCACUUUAACCCUAGAGGGCUGUGGAGCCCUGGGGGAAGGGCAGAGCAGGUGGGCAGUGACAUGUCAGCCCCCAGAACUGCCUGUGUCUGCUCCUCUGUGUCCCAGGUGCCUGCCAGCCCCCACCCCCACCUGGGGGCACUCCAGCCCUCAUGGCUGUUCCUAUGAGAGCUUCUGGAGCUUGUAACCAGUAGAUGGUCUCCCCGAGGGACCCUGAGUCUUCCCAUCAAUAAAUUCAUUCAUUGCCUGUG